AUGUCCGGCAACUUUGAUCUCCCCGCGGCCUCUGAUCGCAAUAAUCAACCUAGAAACCCCGCAGAUCGUGCACAGUACCGCAUGCGUUUGAACACACGACUGCACCAUUUGCAGAACCUACUUGACGCUCGCAUGUCCCACUGGAGCGAUCCUGUCCGCGAAUACACCUAUAACGUUCUUCGGCGCGAAUUGCAAGCCUUGGAUGACGUGGCUGAUCGCCGCGCUGAGGCUGACGCUACUGACACGGGAGAGCGAAUAGGAUUUGAAAGGGGGUCACCAGCGGAGAAUCCUGUUCCUGCAACAACCCGGUCUGGGGCUGUUCUGGACCGAUACUCCUCUACAACGGGACAACGGCGCUCCCGGGUCGAUGCGGUGGAUCGAUUAAACGUGAUAAUGGGCCCAAGGGAUGGUGACAACCGGAUAAACGCAGACCAUAGCGAACUGGAUAGCCAAGACGUGUCGCGGCACGUCUUUCGGGACCUGGGCUCUCUUUGGGAUCUGCCCAGGGUCCUCCCACUGAAGGCCCGGCACGGUCGAUGGAGACAUAAACGGCGUAAAUUGGACUCUGAUGAUAAGCGGGAGGGAAUCUGUCGGUUUAGAUACGGGCACUACGGUGAAGUUGUUCCGGGAACUUUAGAGAUGGAGAUCGUCAGCUGUGACGGAGGAACAUACGAAGCGUCUGGUGAAAAUUCAUAUCCGGAAAACGUUCUGCUUAACGACUCUUCAGUGUAUUGCACAAAAAAUGACCGGUGCAAUUUAAUUCUUCGCCACCACGGGGAGACCCCAUUUUGCCUACAAAAGAUCGUUAUUAAAGCUCCAAAAUCAGGAUUUGAUGCUCCUAUCCAAGAAGGGAUGAUAUUUGUCUCAAUGGCGCUAGAUGAAUUCCUGGAACGCACCGCCCAAUAUCAGAUUGUUUACUCCUCAUCACCUCUCAGACCUCGUCGACGACGACACCCAAGAGGUAGUUUUUCCCAUCGAUAUCUGUCUUCAGCAAGAUCACCCUUACGAUCUCUGGAAAGGCCAGCAGUGUCAGGGCCAGGAACUUGGUCCGACUCGGAGAAUGAGCUCACCCCUUCGUCUUUCGACUCUAGACCUAUUGUUUAUCGCAGCUCCUCUUCUGACUUCCGCAUUACGACCCACUUUGAUGAUAAAUCCGACGAUGAUAUUAAUGAUGAAGAUCCUGACGAGGCGCCUUCAUCGACCGACGUUGACAGAAUGCGUAUGGACCAAAUCGAGUCCGAAAUGCGUUGCCCGGAUUUGGACGUCGAUAGCGAUGAAGCUUCUGAGUGGAUCAACGGUUUGCUAAAUGGAGAACAACGUCAAUUUCGACGACGAAUGAGGCGGGCUGUUAAUGAUAUAGAAGCAAUUGGCAGUCUUGACGGCGGGAGAAGCCGACGGCUAGUCCCUAGUCUAAUUGAACCCUCAUCAACAUUCCGGAACAGAGGCGCCUUGACUGAUGGAAGUGAGCCAACCGCCUCUGAUCCGGAAAUCAUGAAACCACACGCACGUUUCUUUAUUAAAAAGGAGAAGAGUAUGGUUAGCAUCAAAUUUGACCCACCUGUAUCGGGAAAGUUCAUCCUUAUCAAGCUGUGGAGUCCAUUUAGCGGAGGUAACAUUGACAUUCAGAGCGUAGUUGUCCACGGCUUUGCCGGCCCCAGAUUUUUCCCUUCUAUGCGACUUAGAUAG